CUGUCGUCGUUCAAUUUCUUGAAAUCUUCCUUCAGCAUGGAACAAAUUUGUUGUCAUACUGAUUUUUUCGUAGUUUUAUCUUUGUAUAAGUUUAAUAAUUUAUCCCAUGUAGCGGGUCUUUGUCUUACAAAACUAAUUAGUAGUUCUGAAUCCAUUUGAACUCUACUAUGUGCAUACAGGAUAUUUCAGUAAUCAUAGUACAACUGGGAAACAUCAAUCAUGGCUUGUGAAUUCAAUGGAGGAGUCGUGAUUGGAGCAGAUUCUAGAGCAACAGCAGGAGCUUACAUUUCCAAUCGGUUUGCCGACAAGUUGACCAAAAUAACAGAUUAUAUUUAUUGUUGUCGUUCUGGUUCUGCAGCAGAUACUCAAGCCAUUUCAGACAUAGUCGCAUAUCAUUUAGCGCUCCACAAAAUGGAUUUAGGCACGGAACCGUUAGUAGAAACAGCAGCACAUGUAUUUCGUGAAUUAUGUUAUAAUUAUCGAGAUUCUUUAAUGGCUGGAAUCUUGGUAGCAGGAUGGGACAACUGUAAGGGAGGUCAAGUUUAUAGCGUUCCUCUAGGUGGUAUGUGUGUACGGCAACCAAUUUCAAUUGGAGGCUCUGGCUCCUCAUACGUAUAUGGUUACAUGGAUUCACAAUAUAAACCAAACAUGUCACAGGAAGAGUGUGUCAAAUUAGUAGAAAAUACAUUGGCAUUGGCGAUGUCUCGUGACGGUAGCAGCGGUGGUGUAAUUCGAAUUGGCGUUAUUACAGAGAAAGGAAUUGAAAGAAAAGUUAUAUUGGGCAAUGAGUUGCCAACUUUUUACGAGGGUUGAACACCUUAAUAAUUAUAUAUAAAUGUUUUACUUGUGUAAACUUUAUUUUAUAGUUCUAAAAAUCUUGUAUUGAUAAUGUCGAGUUUCUUAAUUAAAUCUAAA